UUCGCUCCAUUCACUCACCCUGCGCCCGCUUCGGUGCUCGUAAAGAGGAAUAACUUGAGCUUAAACCAGCGCGACGCACGGAGGGGACUUUCUACGCGUAAGAAAACCGGAGCAGAGGAGCGGUCACUGGAGUCCCCACGCAGAGUGAAUGGGAGGGGGGGUCAGAGGACGACGACAUACAACAAGUCCACAAAGUUUUUCAUUGUUUGAUUCUGGGACGUUACUUUGAUCUGCUUCUACAAACUGGGGCCAAGUCUUCUAACCUCUGUAGGUGCAGCUCUGUGGUUUGAUGGCUGAGCGCUGCAGCCUGUAGAGGGCGCCAUCAUGAACUCUCUCGCCUCCAUGGACCGACACAUCCAGCAGACCAAUGACCGCCUGCUCUGCAUCAAACAGCACUUACAGAACCCGGCGAACUUCCAGACGGCAGCCACAGAGCUGUUGGACUGGUGCGGAGACCCCAGAGCGUUUCAGCGGCCGUUUGAGCAAAGCCUCAUGGGAUGUCUCACGGUGGUGAGUCGUGUGGCCGCUCAGCAGGGGUACGAUCUGGACCUGGGCUACAGACUCUUGGCCGUUUGUGCCGCCAACAGAGACAAGUUCACCCCCAAAUCUGCAGCUCUCCUGUCUUCCUGGUGUGAGGAGCUGGGUCGUCUUCUUCUCCUCCGUCACCAGAAGAACCGACAGAACGAGCCGCAGAAAGGCCCCAUGCAGCCGCCCAUGAGCUCCAUGAAGCAGGGCCUGUCCCACGGUGAUGGACAGUUCCCGUACGACUCUGGUCCGUGGCAGCCGACGCCGUCUCAGCCGCCCGGGUCUCUGUCUGUGGUCACUACAGUUUGGGGCGUCACCAACACCUCCCAGAGCCAGGUGCUGGGGAACCCAAUGGCCCACACGCCCACCCUCCCGCCUGGAGCACCCAUGGGCGCUGGGUCCAGUCCAGGGAUGAACUCGGCUCCGUUCUCUGGACCUCAGCAGCAGUUUAACAAAGGCUCUGGUCAGGGCUACAUGCAGCAGGGAGUGUACGGGAGACCCCAUUAUAACACAGGAGGGGGCUUCAACGGCAGUUACCCCGGUGGACCUGCCCCUGGCCCUCCAGCUCUGGGACAUCCUCAGCCGGCAGCCGCGGCAGCUGCUGCUGCUGUCGCCGCCGCUGCUGCCACGGCAACCGCCACCGCCACCGCAACUGUUGCCGCGCUGCAAGAGACGCAGAAUAAGGAGCUGAGCCAUCAGUACGGACCGAUGAGCUCGUCGUUCCAGAUGGGGCCAAACCAGGGCUAUAACGGACAGUUCAUGCCCCAGAGCGCCCCCCGCGGGCCACCCUCUCACCCAGGGAACAUGCAGGGUCCCGGGAUGAACCCCAACAUGAGCGGCCCUCCUCCCAUGAGCAUGAACCAGACCCGGGGCCAGAGCAUGGGGCCCUACGGCGGACAGAGGAUGCCCCAGCAGAACUACAGCGCCCCCCGGCCACAGGGGAUGGGCAUGCAGGGGAUGAAGAGGCCGUACCCUGGAGAGCCAAACUACGGUGGUCAGCAGUACGGACCAAACGGACAGUUCCCAAACCAGCAGAACCAGUACAGCUCCUCCAGGCCCCUGCCCUCUCCAAACUACCCCCCACAGAGGCACCCGGGGCAGCCUAUGCAAGGACAGUACCCCCCUCCCAAUCCAGGCAUGGGGCAGUACUACAAGGAGCCUCCAUUCAACGGCCAAACCACUAACUUCUCUGGGAGCGGAUACAACCAGUUCAACCAGGGCAACAUGAAUGGGCCUCCGCGGCCGGUCGGGAACUACCCCCACUCUCCAGUCCCAGGAAACCCGACUCCGCCCAUGACCCCGGGCAGCGGCAUCCCUCCGUACCUGUCCCCAAACCCGGACGUCAAACCACCUUUUCCCGCAGACAUCAAACCAAACAUCAACUCACUACCGCCCCCUCCAGUGAAUCCGAACGAGGAGCUGCGCCUGACGUUCCCGGUCCGCGAUGGCGUCGUGUUGGAGCCGUUCAGACUGGAGCAUAACCUCGCCGUCAGUAACCACGUGUUCCACCUCAGACCGUCCGUGCACCAGACGCUCAUGUGGAGAUCCGACCUGGAGCUGCAGUUCAAGUGCUACCAUCACGAGGACAGGCAGAUGAACACAAACUGGCCGGCGUCAGUCCAGGUGAGCGUGAACGCGACGCCGCUCACCAUCGAGAGAGGAGACAACAAGACGACCCACAAGCCCCUGCACCUCAAACACGUCUGCCAGCCGGGAAGGAACACCAUCCAGAUCACCGUCACCGCCUGCUGCUGCUCUCACCUGUUCGUGCUGCAGUUGGUUCACAGACCGUCAGUGCGCUCAGUGCUUCAGGGUUUACUGAAGAAGAGGCUCCUCCCAGCAGAGCACUGCAUCACCAAAGUGAAGAGGAAUUUCAGCAGCGUGGCGGCGUCUUCAGGCAGCACGACUCUGAACGGAGAAGACGGCGUGGAGCAGACGGCGAUAAAAGUGUCUCUGAAAUGUCCCAUCACGUUCAGACGGAUACAGCUGCCGGCGCGAGGACACGACUGUAAACACGUCCAGUGUUUUGAUCUGGAGUCGUAUCUGCAACUGAACUGUGAACGAGGGACGUGGAGGUGUCCAGUCUGCAAUAAAACAGCGUUAUUAGAAGGACUCGAAGUGGACCAGUACAUGUGGGGGAUCCUGAACGCCAUUCAAAACUCUGAGUUCGAGGAGGUGACGAUCGACCCGACGUGCAGCUGGAGGCCUGUAGCCAUAAAGUCUGAGCUUCACAUAAAGGAAGACCCGGACGGACCAAUGUCGAAGAGGUUUAAGACCAUGAGCCCGAGUCAGAUGAUCCUGCCCAACGUGAUGGACAUGAUCGCGCAGCUGGGGCCCGGGAGCACGCCGUAUCCGCCUCAACAGGCAAACAGCAACGAAUACGGCAGCCAAGGCAACAGUUUCCCAGGCCACAGUAACUUCGACUUCCCUCACGGUAAUCCCGGUGGUACUUCCAUGAAUGACUUCCUCCCCGGGCCUCAGCUGUCCCACCCUCCGGACCUCUCCUCUGGACUCAUGAGCCAGGACAAGCCCCUCUCCCACCACAUCAACGACUCAAUACCUCAUCCUGUUGGCAGCGACCAGUCACACGGGGCGCUGCAGCAGGCCCUCCACGGAUCCCCUCGCGCCGGCGGCCAAUCAGGACCUUCGUUACACCCAGGCGGCCAAUCGGGGCCAUCGUUGCACCCAGGCGGCCAAUCGGGGCCAUCGUUGCACCCAGGCGGCCAAUCGGGGCAGCCUUUGCAUAUGGGGGGCCAAUCAGGACCUUCGUUACUCCACAGUGGUCCUCCGCCGCAGAGACAAGCCCCGCCCCCUCAGCACCCUCAGCACCCUCAGCACCCUCAGCAGACGCAGCCACAGACGCCCGCUGACCUGAACUUUAACCCCGGCAACGGCCUCGACGGGACGGGGUCAGAUAUGCCCGAGCCCUCCCUAGAUCUUCUUCCAGAGUUGGCGAAUCCGGACGAGCUGCUUUCGUACCUGGACCCUCCGGACCUCCCCAACAACAGCAGCGACGACCUCCUCUCGCUGUUCGAAAACAACUGAGGAGAGCUCACUGAAAACUCGCAAAAAACUCAGCAAAAAAACUCUAUGAACUCUGAGCCAAUGGAGCCAAAACGUCCGCCUACAACACAGAUGCACUCCCUCUUCCUCUCCCUCCACAGUUUUCAUGCGACCAGCACAGACUCUCUCUCUCUCUGUCUCUCUCUCCCGUGGACUUUCGAAACGCGCAGCUAAACUCAAAAACUGUUUUAUACGCAUGUUGUGGACACAUGUAGCAUUUUUUAUUUGUGUUUCUUUUACAUAAAAAAAGAAGGAAAAUGUAAAAAAAAAAUAUAUAUAGUAAUAAUAAUAGUUACUGGGCCACUGUAUGUUGCAAUGCCGCUCCAUCCCCUCAAUGUCAAAGAAGCACAAGAGAUUGGAAACUACACGAAAUGAAGGAUGGAGGAGAAUUUUUGUUAAAACCCCUCACCAUUCCGAGGGACCGCGCUUGGUCUCUUGAACUUUUUCUUGAUUAAUUUCUGUUUGUCCAGCUUCUGAUAAAAGGUAUCAGUGGACAAGUAAAACAAUAAUGUAAACACUUAUUUUCAGGCAAAUCAACCAAGAAUCUGGACAAGUUUGUACUUCAAACCCACAAAAAAUAACCCAAAAAAGACUCAACAAACGCUCAGUCUGCUGUUUUAUCAGAUCAUCCCCAGGUGCACCAGCUAUACCCGUUCUUAUAUUUACCUCAAAUAACAAUAAUACUAUUUUCCUGCAGAGCUUGUUCCCAUUUAAAUGAGAAAAGAUCAGACAGAGGCCAAAACCACUGAGCCUCUGACCACGAUUAUACGUAGCCGGGUAUGUUGAGAAACGAAUAUUUCCCUCCCUCCGAUUUCUAAAAUAACUUUGUGCACAUGGCAUCGCUUUCAAAAAAGUUUUUGUUUACAUCGACCCGCAUAAAUACACCAUCAAGCACCGUUAUAACUACACCAAACCUCUGGGCGGAGCUGGAUUAGACUCAAACCUGUAGCAUUUAUUUCAUUACAGUUGUAAGUUUUACUCAAAAUUCAUUGAAAAUCAUUGAAAAACAAUGUGCAUUAGUGAGCGGGCUCGCCUCUCCACAGAUCUGUUAAAGAAGUGGUAAAAUCGCUGACCUCCGAGCCUCAUUCGUCUCUGGUCGUGGAUAUGAAACAUCAGCUGUUUGUGCAAAUGUAAACACAUGAAAAGUGUUGGACCAGAAGAAAAGCGACUCUCUGAAUGCUCCAUCAUCAUCAUCAGAGCAAAAGGGAAACACUGGUCACACUUUUCACUCCGUUUAUCUCACUUUACAGGCAAACGCGAAGCCGUAGUUUUCCAGAAUCUUGUCUCUAGUUUUUAGAAAGAUUCGUUUUCAGAGUCGAAUUCGUCAUUUGUGUGAAAAAGAUGAGUACAAACGAAGGAAAAUGUCUCAGUUUCUAAAAAUACCCGUGUACGUGUAAACGAGGCCUCAGCUUCACAAAGUCUAACCUUUCGUCGGUGCUCCCAAGGAUUCAGAAACAUUAAAUUUCAACUGAGAGUUUUAUUUUAGUCAGAAAUUUUAGGAAAAAUCGGCUGGAAUGGUAAGAGGUUUUAACAUAUUUUACAACUGCAAUUUUUCUGACAUGUUCUGGUUGCAGUUUGCCUUCCAAAGAACCACUAUUAUCACAGAUUAUUAAAAAAAAAACUAUAACAUUAUUUUGUAAUUUACACAUUUACAUUAAAAUAUCAUGUUUUGCUAAUCCAGUUUUAGGUUGAAUUUUAAAAUAAGUUAAUAAAGCUGGUUUAUAAAUGUUCAGUCCAUUAUCAUAAAUUAUAUAUCAGAAAAAUUAUUGUUUUGCAUUUAUUCAAGUCAUUGCAUUUUAAUUGUCGUUUCACAAAAACCUGGGUCUUUUUAACGACAAAUAACACAGAAAUAUUUGACAAAAAUCACUGUGCUUUAAGUUCACGUGUACUUUGAUUUCAUAACAUUAACACUGUUUUGCCAAUACUGUGCAAAUGUCAAAGGCAAAGGUUUAAGAAGAAAAA